UGUGACCUCUUCUGUUUGCCACAAUUCCUCAAAUUCUGCCAACGAACACCCCCCCCCCUUCCAACUGCUUUUUGAGAAAACCUUUCGCAGAGGAGAAAAACUAAAACGUUAAAGUUAUUUUCCCUUCAUAGCAACUCCUUAAAAUUCCUGAAAACUUAAAAAAUACAGCGGAGCAUAACAUCAGCGAUCGGUGAGGGAAAAAAACUAUCUUUUAAAAAUGAAUUUCGAGUCAAGACUAGGCCGAUUGGAGAAAAGAAACCCAGCGCGGUUUUAAGGGAAACCUUCUGGUGCUGCCUAGGCAGCGGCGUCCCCAGGUGGCAUCCCAUUGUUCAUAAUAUUUUACUGAAGGCUUUCAGUAAUAUAAAUAGAGAAAAACAGGUGCUGCACUCAGCUGGGGGUUUGCCUAAAUCAACCUUCUCAGGCUCGAUUUUUGGAAUAAAAGGCCCAGGAGUUUUUAGGCAAUCAGUCCUGUAGCUCUCAUCACCCUCAGCGGGAAGGAAAAAGAAAAGGGAGGGGAAAAAGCGAGGGUGCGGAAGCGUGGCGAACAGACGGAGCUACUCUCCCAUCAGAGCAAGGGCUUGGCCUCCAGCCCCAGGUGCGGCCCCUCAAAAUGACAAUCACAUUCUGUAAAUUUCGUCGUUUCAAUAAAAAAAACGACGCCUGGCUUUAUAAGUAAGAGGAUAUACGAAAACGGUAAGGAAUUCGCCUCGUGAAAACUUCCCCAGCCGGCUCGGCGUCGGGGAGCGCCGCCGCGGUCCGCCCGUCCAACCGCCGACGGCUCGUGGAUGCCCAGGGGGCCCGACGCCAGGCCAGGCUGGCCCUCGCGCUCCCGCUACCCACAAGCCCCUGCGCCUCGACGCGCAGGCGCACCGGCGACGGCCGUCUCAGGAAGAGGAAAAUGGAAUAAACAACUCGGAGGAACCAGAGCGCGAGAGAGCGAGUGGAGGCAGAAUUUAAAAAUAAACUGGCCCCUCCGCCCUCCCCGCCCGUUCGCCGCCGCCGCUCCCCCUCCCCGAGCCCGCGCCCUCGAAGUCCCCGUCCGGGCCCGCGCGCCCACCCCGUCGUCCCGCGCGGCCCCUUUAAGAAAAGAGAACGAGAGAUUCCUGGAAUAGAUGGAGGUGCUUUAACUGAUACCAGCCUCACAGAUUCAUAUUUCAGCACCAGCUUUAUUGGAGUUAAUGGAUUUGGAAGCCCUGUAGAAACAAAGUAUCCCUUGAUGCAGAGAUUAUUUCGAAGUUUCUGCAUAGAUGAUUGUAAUCCAAGCAGCAGCAUUUAUAGGAGGAUUAGAGUGUCACUGAUGUGAACGAUGGAUUGGAGGGGAAGACGCAAAGAGGAGAAUGACUAAUAGUAGCAGCUCCCCAAGCCUUCUAAAUGACAGUGCCAAGCCAUACGCAGGCCAUGAUCCUCUAACUUCACCUGCUUCAUCCUUGUUUAAUGACUUUGGUGCCCUCAACAUCUCUCAGAGAAGAAAGCCAAGGAAGUAUCGCCUGGGGAUGCUGGAGGAGAGGCUAGUUCCGAUGGGAUCAAAGGCACGAAAAGCAAAGAACCCUAUUGGCUGCCUUGCUGACAGGUGUAAAUCAGGAGUACCCAUCAAUAUGGUUUGGUGGAACAGAAUCACAGAAAACAAUUUACAGACACCAAAUCCUACUGCAAGCGAGUUUAUUCCCAAAGGAGGAUCAACCUCCAGGCUCAGUAACGCGUCCCAGGCACAUACGUCUGCCUUCUCUCAAGUGUUCUCUCACCCAUCCAUGGGGACUCCUGCUGCUGCUGCUGGAUUAGCCCCAGGAAUGUCAUUGUCUGCUGGGUCUUCUCCUCUUCACUCCCCCAAGAUCACUCCGCAUACUUCUCCCGCUCCCAGAAGAAGAAGCCACACUCCAAAUCCAGCAAGUUACAUGGCGCCUUCUAGCGCCUCCACAGCUGUCACUAACCCUGUUUCCCAGACCCCUUCUUCUGGCCAGGUGAUCCAAAAGGAGACGGUCGGCGGGACGACUUACUUCUAUACAGACGCAACUCCAGCCCCUUUGACAGGGAUGAGAUCUUUCAAAAGUUAUCACAGAACAGCUUGCCGAACUGAAGGUCAAAUAAUUGAGGUUUUUCCAAACUACCAUAUUUAUCCUCCAACUGCACCUCAUGUUGCUUAUAUGCAACCAAAAGCAAAUGCACCUUCCUUCUUCAUGGCUGAUGAACUCCGACAGGAGCUGAUUAACAGACAUUUAAUAACAAUGGCUCAGAUUGAUCAAGCAGAUAUGCCAGCAGUCCCUACAGAAGUUGACAGCUACCAUAGCCUGUUCCCUCUAGAACCACUGCCACCACCCCACCGGAUACAGAAAUCAAGUAAUUUUGGAUACAUUACGUCCUGCUACAAAGCUGUAAAUAGCAAAGAUGAUCUGCCUUAUUGCCUUCGGAGGAUACAUGGUUUUCGUCUUGUUAACACAAAGUGCAUGGUAUUGGUGGACAUGUGGAAGAAAAUCCAACACUCAAAUAUCGUGACCUUGCGUGAAGUGUUUACCACUAAAGCUUUUGCAGAGCCUUCUCUUGUGUUUGCAUAUGAUUUCCACGCUGGAGGAGAGACUGUGAUGAGCAGACACUUCAAUGACCCUAAUGCAGAUGCCUAUUUCACAAAGAGAAAGUGGGGUCAACACGAUGGACCAUUGCCCAGACAGCAUGCUGGAUUAUUGCCAGAAUCUCUUAUUUGGGCAUAUAUUGUCCAACUGAGUUCUGCAUUGCGCACCAUUCAUACAGCAGGUUUGGCAUGUCGAGUUAUGGACCCAACGAAGAUUCUGAUAACUGGCAAAACAAGGUUGCGAGUAAAUUGUGUUGGAGUUUUUGAUGUUUUAACAUUUGAUAACAGUCAGAAUAAUAAUCCAUUGGCAUUAAUGGCUCAAUACCAGCAAGCAGAUCUGAUAUCAUUAGGAAAAGUUGUGUUGGCUUUGGCUUGCAACUCUUUGGCAGGAAUUCAGCGAGAGAAUUUACAGAAAGCCAUGGAACUGGUGACAAUCAACUACUCCUCUGACCUGAAGAAUCUGAUUUUAUAUUUGUUGACUGACCAAAACAGGAUGCGGAGUGUAAAUGACAUCAUGCCCAUGAUUGGUGCUCGAUUUUAUACUCAGUUGGAUGCGGCUCAAAUGAGAAAUGAUGUCAUAGAGGAAGACCUUGCAAAGGAGGUUCAAAAUGGAAGACUGUUUAGGCUUCUAGCAAAAUUGGGAACAAUCAAUGAGAGGCCGGAGUUUCAGAAGGAUCCUACCUGGUCGGAGACUGGAGACCGUUACCUGUUGAAACUCUUUAGGGAUCAUCUUUUUCAUCAGGUGACAGAAGCAGGCGCUCCUUGGAUUGACCUCAGUCAUAUCAUUUCUUGUCUUAACAAGUUAGAUGCUGGUGUGCCAGAAAAAAUAAGCCUCAUUUCCAGAGAUGAGAAGAGUGUACUUGUGGUGACUUACAGUGACUUAAAGCGAUGCUUUGAAAAUACUUUUCAAGAACUGAUUGCAGCUGCAAAUGCUUUAUUAUGGUACUUUACACUGGAUACAGAUACAGAGACACUGUUCAGAAGACGAACUAAACACAGCGGUGGUCUGGCAUCAGGAGCUUUCUGAAGUUUUACAGCCUGACUCUGGAGGGAAAACAAUCUGCUGUGCCUUUGCAGUCACUGCUUAGCCCAAAGUAAUAGUGCUUUUGAUAAUACCUAUGUGGGAUAUUCCUGAAUAAGUCAGUCUCAAAAGUCUGGAAUUUUCCUCCUCUUAACUUUCUUAACAUUCGGACGUGCAGUUGUCGCCAAACUUGGGUAUUCAUGGAAUUUCUAGUUAAUGAGAUACCUAUACUUUGAUACUGAAGACUGCCAAAUACAUAGGAGUUUUUCUUUCAUAGAAAACAGUAGCGAAGACUCUGUCUCCUCUCCCAGCACUGGAUGUUUUACUCGCACUGGGCGCCCAUCACGCAGCUACGAAGAAAAUGUGGACACUCACAAGGUCAGGAAAGACUUCCAAGCACUUGCAACUGAUGUCACAGUCUUCAAUUUUAAUAACUAUACAUGUUUGUAGUUUUCAGAGGAGUUUUUAAUAUUUCUCUGUCCACUUUUUAUAAGCUUUAAAAUGAUUUUCUCUGCCUUGAGAUUUGCAUCAAGAAAAAGCACCUCUUCACCCCAAAUCUUUGAAGACUAGAGACACGCUUUACAGGUUUUAACAGGUGUGUUUGAGUCCGCGUUUGGUAGCAUCAGUUGCUGAGUUAAAAAGAAAAUCAGUUAUUGCAUUUCAUCGAGAUGGAUUUUAAAAGAACAUAAUGCUCAAUAUUCAAAAAGGAUAAUUAACAUUUGCCACCAUAAGGUUCUUUUUUUCUGUAAAAGGAGCAGGAACUUGGAGACAUUAACAUGCUAAAGUCUUUUAUCAUUAUUAGCUCAUGUAUUUGACAAAGAGCAGCUGUCUUUUUAUAUGUUUUUUGACAAAUCAUAUUGUAAUUCUUUUGUACAAAAAAGAACUACUUGUAUUCUAGAAGAAAUAUGAAAUGCUUAAUUUAUAAGCGGGCUGGAGAUUUUUUCCAAUAUUGUUUUCUUUGAAAAUGAAAGGGGAUCAUCUAUUUUAGUUUUGGGGUCUGGGAACUUUUUGAAAAUUUAAUUUGUGGACCAAUGUUUUGCAAAAGCUAAGGAAGGGCAGGGGUAAAAUAGGGCUUGAUUUUCUCAUUCUGUGUAGACCAGCAAACUUCCCUCUGCGAGGCCGGUUCAAAUCACAAACCCAAGAGUGUUUGCAUCGUAAAUGCUAGCUUGCUUCAGCCCCUAGUAACCUCAGGACUUGGUUUGAAUAAAAAGGUAGACAGCUGAUAUGUAUUCAUGAGUAAAUAUUGUCAGCCGGAAAACAGUUGGUGUCAGGUAAUACGUAUUUUUUUUAAGCUUUGUUUUAUAUUUAUUUUUCAUUUAGUUUUUAUUGGGAAUGGUUUUCAAUAGAACUCUUAGUUCUGCUUAGGUGUUUUUUGGGGGAGCCCUCUUUUCCAUAGUGUAAUCCCAUUUAACAGGUUGUCUAAAAGUUAGUCUUUUUAAUUCAUAGGAAGAUUUUAAUAUCUGAAAGUACUCAAAUUAAGGAUAUAAACUUCCACACCUUCCUGUUAUGACAGAUACAAGCACAGAAAGGACAACCCUUGAAGUCAGUGUGACGUUGGUCAUUUCAAUUUUUUGUUACCGAUUUUAAAAUCUGUUAAUGUAUUUACUUCAUUGUAAAUAUUUUUGAGGGUACCUUUGUAUUUUGCUUUUGACCUUGGUUCUGUGAUUUGGAUGUCGACGACUUCCCUGAAAAGCACCGGUAUGUUAAGUUCUAAUGUCAUGAUCCCAAUAUGGGUUAUUCAUCUUUAAUCCUGUUUUCAGUCUCUAUGUGUACAGCAGUAUUUUUAAUAAAGAAUUACAGAGAGAAGAUUGUCUUUUUU